AGCAACAGCAGCACAAUUUUCAGCUCGACGGGUGUCGCUGACUGCGGUGCCGAGCCGAACGAACGAAGAUAAAAAAAAAAGUUGAUUUCUAAAGGAAAAGUUCAAUCUUUUGGAAAUCCAGGGAAUUAGACACCUUCCUGACAACUUUUAAGUCAUCACAUGUUGGAUUUGCUUCAAAUCAGAUGAUGGAUGGACCUCACUGGAGGAAAUUCUGGUGAAACGAGUGUGCAUAUUGUAUGCCGAGCGCACCCGGUACACCUGCGUAGGUAACUGACGUCUGGAGUCACUGCUGAUAUAAAUGGAGCCGCGUCGUCACAAGUCGUCAGUAACAAUGUUGAUGGUUGGCAUCGCUUUCAAGUGUAUGAGCUCCUCUGAAAGGAGUAGUGUUGUUUAAUGAGGUUUUGAUAAUUUUAUGUUCUACACGACAUGGAAGAAUACAGCGACAUGUCUUUAUCAUUUCAGAACGACAGUGGUUUAGAUCACCAAAUCGACAAUGUGACUUUACCAGUGAAGGUUCCGCUAAGUUAUCAGAUCUCCACGUCUUUUCUGAUCGGCGCGCUCAUUCUAUGUUCCAUAUUUGGAAACGCCUGUGUUGUGUCGGCUAUUGCUUUGGAAAGAUCCCUGCAGAAUGUUGCAAACUACCUGAUCGGAUCUCUUGCCGUGACGGACCUCAUGGUGUCGGUGCUUGUGUUGCCAAUGGCAGCUCUUUACCAAGUUUUAGACAAGUGGACACUUGGACAGGUAACUUGUGAUAUUUUUAUUUCAUUGGACAUUUUAUGUUGCACAUCUUCAAUUCUACACCUGUGCGCUAUAGCUUUGGAUAGAUACUGGGCGAUCACCGACCCAAUAGACUAUAUGAAGAAAAGGACAUUAAAACGUGCCGCUCUUUUAAUCACCGUUACCUGGUUUGUCGGCUUUUCGAUAUCAAUUCCACCCAUGUUGAUCAUGAAAUCUCAACCCAAGAGUAAAGCAGAAGACAUGGCCAAUCCUGAAGCUUGCAUGAUCAGCCACGACCCAUGGUACACUAUUUAUUCCACCUUCUGCGCAUUUUACAUCCCUCUGAUUCUCAUGCUGGUUUUAUACGGACGCAUAUUCAAAGCGGCAAGAUUUCGCAUUCGCAAAACCGUUCGAAAACCUGAGAAAAAGAGGGUGAAAUGUUUGACUGUGUCACCUGCGCUUUUUAAGCGAGCCAACGGAGAGCUGGGCAAAAACUGGAAAAGCGCAGUCGAACCCAAGCCCGCCACGUGCGUAAACGGCGCGGUUAAGCACGCGGAGGACGGCGAGUCUCUGGAGAUCAUCGAGGUUCACAGCAAUUCCAAAAACAACCUGCCUCUGCCCAACACGCCAAACUCUGUCCCUCUGUUCGAGAACAAACACGAGAAGAACACCGAAGCGAAGAGGAAGCUCGCCUUGGCGCGCGAGCGCAAGACAGUGAAGACUCUGGGCAUUAUAAUGGGCACUUUCAUUGUGUGUUGGCUACCAUUCUUCAUCAAAGCGCUCGUGCUGCCCUUUUGUCCGUCUUGUGAUAUGCCUUUGUGGCUCAUCGACGUCAUUAAUUGGCUCGGGUAUUCAAACUCGCUUUUGAAUCCCAUCAUUUACGCAUACUUCAAUAAAGACUUUCAGAGCGCGUUCAAGAAAAUCAUUAAAUGCCAUUUUUGCAGACCAUAAACAUACUGUCUUUUCAGUUUUAAAUGUCAGAAACACGAGUUUAAACAGUACCGACGACUGAGAAAAACAAUAUGAUGUAUUUUAACAGCACCGGAAACUUAGUACCACUAUAAAUAUGAUUGAUUUUAUUUAUCAGAUGUAUAUGAUAUCAGGUAACAUAAUGUGUACUGAAAAUGUUUAUUUCAUGUCUAUGACAAACAAAGAUCAUGUCCAUGAUGUAAAAAUAAAAAGUCCC